GCCGGGUCUGCUCGUGCUGUUGCUCUUGCACCUGCCGAGGGAGGAGGAGUGGAAGUGGGAAAUGGGGAAGUGGGAAGUGGGAUGAUUGACCGUUGAAGCCGUUAGGGAGGACGACCAGCCAAGCUAAGCUAAGCUUCCUCAGCUCCUCCCCGUCAAGUCAGCAAGCAGCACCUGACCUGCCCUGCUUCAAUCAAUCCUCUUGAACGGUCCUCCUUCCACCGGAUCAUCGUCCAAUCCAUCCCUCUUCCUCUUCCUCCUCCUCUUCCUCCUCCUCUUCCUCCUCCUCCUCUUGCAUCUUAUCCUAUCCCAUCCCAUCCUAUCCUAUCCUAUCCUAUCCUAUCCCAUCCCAUCCCAUCCCAUCCUCGAUUCCUCCCUCUUCCCCGCCCAUCCGGACAGGACCUCCCUCGCCGCUGCCUGCUCCGCUGUCGUCAUCGCCCUUCCCCCGCCGAGAUGGAUUUCCAUCUGGUGCCGAGAGGGGAAGAUCGCAAUUACACGGGGUUUCUCACCAAGACCAUUGUUUAUACGGCCUCGUUAAUUGUCUUUUUUGUUUCAUUCGGUCUAACCGUUGCAUCUAUCGUCAUUCCGAAAUGGGUGACGUAUCAUGAUCAAGAGCCCUCCAUCUACUACUCCUACGGCCUCCACCGUCGCUGCUCCUCCGUCAACGGACAAUGUCACCCGUUCCCCCAGCGCGAAGACUGCCACGGCAGCGACCGCUACUUCUGCUCCAUGUGGCGGUCCGUCGGCUUCCUGAUGUCGUUUGCCGUCGUGCUGGAGGGCAUGAGCAUGGUUGCCUUUCUGAUCGUCUUGUCCGGCGGGAAACGCCUCAGGGAGAACGGGUGGAAGGUGCUUAGUUUGUUGAUAAUUUUGUCUGCUGUCGUGCAGGCGGCGAGUAUGGCGCUUAUGGCGUACCUCUUCGACAACGAAAAACGGUUCUUCGUCGGCUGGCGACUCGACGAGUCGUGGAUAUACUGCACUGCCAGCUGGUGCGUGAGUCUGGUUUGCGCCGCAGCGCUGAUCCUGGCGGCGCAGACGUUGCCCUCCGAGGGCGGGUACGAGUUGAUUCCGGACCAGUUGUGA